CCACACUUUCCCUUUCUUCAUUUUCAUCAUCACCAACACACAAAACUGAUCAAAAAUCUGAAUUUUCUUACUUUGUUCAAUUCCACUAUUACAACACACACCAUGUUUAAUCAAGAGAAACUCAUGCAUUACCAAGUGGAACAACCAUCAUGGAGCUACUACAUGAUGAGAAGAGUAACAAGAACAAUAGAAGAAGAUCAAAUGGCGAGAAUAAUGAGAUUAGCUACACAGAGUGCAGUUGUAAUAUUCAGCAUUAGUAGUACUAGUUGUAUGUGUCAUGCAAUGAAGAGUUUGUUCAGUGGAAUGGGAGUGAAUGCAAUGGUUCAUGAACUUGAUCAAGAUUCUAAACCAUUCAUCAGGUUACUUGGAAAUUCAACAUCACUUCCUGUUGUUUUCAUUGGUGGCAAAUUGGUUGGUUCUAUGGAUAGAGUUCUGUCUUUUCAUAUCAAUGGUUCUCUUGUUCCUCUUCUCAAAGACGCCGGUGCUUUGUGGCUUUAA